AGUUGGCUUUUCAUUUUAUUGAUUCUGUAAUUGACCGUAAACCGUUUAACAAAAAUUUGUUGGGAGAUUAAUCCGUUCCCUAAGUGAUAUUAAACAUUUUUUACUACAAAAAUAUCUAUACUGUUAUAUUGAAAUUUGAUUUCAUCAUAGAGGACUACUAGAAGUUUUGAGAAUGUCGGCUGGUGACGCAUUAUCCGCACAGAAUAUACAGCUCUCCCCUUUACGAAGUUUGGAUGACUUUAUAUUAGGGUCUGCUCGUUUUCAAAUUCCAAAUCUAAAAGAUGUGGAUAAGUGGGGCAAUCGUGUAGUAAAAAAUUUACUAUAUUAUCAAACAAACUAUUUUCUCCUAUUUUUGGUUAUUUAUGGUUUGAUGAUUGUAUUGAACCCUCAUAAAAUUAUUUGCGGAGUUACGGUACAAACACUAAUAAUAGUGGUUGUGUUGGGAUUUUUCUUAAAGAAGCCGAAAUCAAAAUUUAAGCAUUUUGCCAAUUGGUCAAGUAUUAUCCAAGAAAAUCCACAGCAGAAUUGGUAUUUCCUUUUCGGUGUUGUUUUGAGUGGCUAUCUUACAUUGCGCUGGUUGAAUGCAAUGUUAUUGUCAAGUUUUACUCUACUUCUUCCCAUGUCGUUGACGUUUAUACACGCUUCAUUACGUUUGAGAAAUAUCAAAAACAAGGUGGUAAAUACAAUGGAAAGCUUCAAUCCUUCCACACCAAUGGGUGUAUUUCUAGAUUUGCUGAAUAUUACUAUGGACAAUUGAAUAUACCAAUACUUUAUUGUUAAACUUGUCUUGUAAAAUAUGAAAUUCAUAGUCAAAAAACAUAUUUUUUAUUAUCCAUGUAAACUUUACAUUUAUAUGUAUAAGGAAAACUUAAGAAAAUUCCCCAAUUUCGUGGAUAAAAAGGGUAUUUGCAUAGAGGAUGUUCUCCAGUAAGAAUAUGUACACAUAUAGCAGCAGAAAACGUAUAGUUUUCGAGAUAUUCUCGUUUAAAAUACAAAAAAUACACUCAUAUUAUACAAUGUUAUAUCCAGUAACAUAUUACUAAAUAGCUUUUACCCAUUUAUUAAAUAGUGCACAAAUAGUUGUAAAUCUUAAUUAAAGUUUUCUUAAAUUUUAUGGAUUUACACAAUAACAAAAUGGUUACAUGUAAACAAAUAGUAAGCGUGACCAUACCUGUACUUUACAAACGAACUAAAAUAAAUAAAAUGGAAAAAAUUAAACAGCAAAUACAAGAAUCAAAUACUUAGAAAUUUACAUGAUAAAAACUUGACUAUUUGAUUUUUAACUUCGUUGCUGUUGUUGCUUAAACUUUGGUGGUUUUACUUCAUGUCAUUAUAUAUUUUUUCCAUUCUUUUAUAUUUAUAUUCUAUGUGAAAAAAAACAAAUAGUUUUGUUAUAAUUGUCUUUAACAAAAAAAAAAGUUUUGUCAACCGUCACUGGAGUUCGAACGGUUGGAUAUAUGCGCCAUCCUUAGGGUUUGAUGUACUACACGUUAUUUAAUUAUAAAUAUUUAAUAAUAAAUAAAUAUUUAAUAUCAUUUUAUUUUAUAAAUUCACACAAGUUCACUCGGAAUCGGCAAAGCGAAAAAGAAAAGGUACAUUGUUUCAAAUGAAAUAGUAAAAAUUCCUGUUAAAGAAAAGUAAGUGUUAAAGAGAGAGUCAUAUCCUCCAUGACAUUAUUGGUUUUUUGCUUAAAAUUUUUUUCUGAAUUAGCCCUUAAAAUGUUCAUACGUCUUUUGCGUCGAACUAUUUUCUGUAUUGGCGGCUUUCGGUCGCGCUUCAAAUAAAAAAGUAAUCCUAAUCGUUUCAACACCGAAUUGUACAUAGUUCUUUCGCGUCGAACUAGAUUCUGCGUUGGCAUUUAUCAAGAGAAGUGAAACACUGAAAGGUGUAACGAACCCAUCACAUGAUUAUGAUUUCUGUAUUACUCGUUUUGUUAUUGCGUAAAUCUGUCAAAUUUAUUAACGAUUUAAAGCUAUUUGUGCACUAUUAAAUAAUAAAUAAAUGUGCAAAAACUGAUUCGUGUUGUGUUAGUGGCUAAGUAACUAUAAUAAUAUGAGUAAAAUUUAUACUGCAUAGAAAAAAUUAAUUUGUAAAUUUUUGCACAUUAAAUGCGAAUAUCUUAUUCAUCCUCUAUUCGCCCAUUCCACUUUUAUCCGUGAAUUUGGGGAUGUUAUACAAAAGCCCAGCCCAUAUAUAUUUUGGAAAUAUAUUGUAGAUCUUGUAAAAUGUUUAUAAAGAUCAUUAGCGGAUAAAUUUUAGAAUACCAUCCCCCGGAUUUGAGGUAAAAAUCGGUAUGGGCUGGUAAAAGAGGUUCUCCAGAUUAAGAUUAUGAAUACAUACAUAUAUAUGACGGUUUUGAAAGUUAUUUGUGUUUAAAAUUUAUAAAUUCAACAAUUUUAAAUGUGUAUGUGUUUGUAUAAUAUUUAAUUUUACACUUUUAUAAUGCACUUUUCAUACGAUAACACCAAACUGAUUUAAUUCAAUAUUUAUAGUUUUAAUAUCUAUCAUAAUAACGAUAAUGUAAGUACUUUGCUACAGAACCAAAAGAAAUAAAGAAGAUAAAAUAUAGAAUAAACUCCAA